CUGGACAACAGCUGAAAGUGCUGUAAGAAACCAGAGGAUUUACUGCAGGAGAAACACCUGACAUCUGCACGACAUGUUAGACAGAGGAGAAGGAGAACAUGAGUGACCCAGAGACCUGCAGAGUCAAUGAAGAUGAUCCUGAGCAGCAAACAGAUCUGUUGGAAGUCAUUGAAUUGGAGGAUAUGCCUAAUCAUUUCAUAACCGGAGAAAAAUCUUCACAUGAAAGUAAUUUUUCUGAGAAAAGUGCUCCGAGAGCAAGAUCUUCCCGUUUUCUCCCCUGCCCUCACUGUGAAAAGAGUUUCUCCCGUAAAGGAGAUCUGGACAGACACGUGCGGAUCCACACGGGAGAAAAGCCGUUCACCUGCGUUGAGUGCGGGAAGAGCUUCACACUGGCGGACGGACUCAGAAAACACCUGCGCUCUCACUCCGGAGUCAGAUCCUUUCACUGCCAUCAGUGUGGAAAGACCUUUAUUUUGCCGUCACACCUGAAAAGACACAUGAUCAUUCAUGCAGAUUUCAAACCAUACUUGUGUUCUCUCUGCGGAAAGAGUUUUUCUCAGCUGGACUGUUUGAAAAAGCAUCAGAACACACACAGCGGAGCCAGACCUCACGUGUGCUUCGAGUGUGGGAACGCUUUUAAUUCAGCUGACACUUUGAAACGGCACCGCAGGAUUCACACCGGAGAGAAACCGUACUCCUGCUCCGAGUGUGGCAAGAGUUUCGCUCAGUCCGGACACCUGAGACAACACGAGAGGGUUCAUACGGGACAGAAGCCGUACUACUGCUCGCUUUGUGGAAGGAGUUUCAGCACAGCAAGGAAUCUACCGGCUCAUAUGAAAAAACAUCGACCUGACACGUAUCAGAUAAACCAAGAUGAUGAAAACUGAUGCAGUGAGAUCGGAAAAAUACUUCAUUGCACUGAAAUCACACAGGAUUAUUCUAUAUGUGCUGCAUGUCUGUAAACUAAGAGUGUUAGAAAUUUAUUCAUGCAGGCAACUGUUACAGCAUACAAAAACCAGUCUUAAGUGUCAAUUUUUCGAAAUUGAGAUUUAUACAGCAUCUGAAAGCUGAAUAAAUAUAAUUUCCAUUGAUGUAUGGUUUGUUAGGAUCGGACAAUAUUUGGCUGAGAUACAACUAUUUGAAAAUCUGGAAUCUGAGGGUGCAAAAAAAAUCUAAAUAUUGAGAAAAUCUCCUUUAAAUUUGUCCAAAUGAAUUCUUAGCAAUGCAUAUUACUAAUCAAAAACGACGUUUUGAUAUAUUUACAGUAGUAAAUUUACAAAAUAUCUUCAUGGAACAUGAUCUUUACUUAAUAUCCUAAUGAUUUUUGGCAUAAAAGAAAAAUCUAUAAUUUUGACCCAUACAGUGUAUUUUUGGCUAUUGCUACAAAUAUACCCCAGCGACUUAAGACUGGUUUUGUGGUCCAGGGUCACAUAUAUUAUCACAUUAAUAAGUAGAUAAGGUCAGUUUGGUUAUUUUAGAGAGAGAAAAAUAUUUAAUUUAGCUUUAUUGUCACAAAGUGGAAAACCAAUUUUUCAGUUCAGACUAUAUGGUAGUAUUUCCCUAUUUAAAAUGUAUAAAUUUAUUUAUUUAAAUUAAUAGGCCUAAUACUUUAUCAUCAUAACAGAAGUCAAGCUUUCUUAAAGUUUUAGCAAUAUUUAUUUAAGGUUAUAUUAUUGGAAGUCAGUGGUUAUUUUAAAGUUUUUUAUUUGUUUAUUUUUUUCUGUGCAUAAAGUACUAAAAUAUUAACUGUGAAUAAUUUGUUGUGUUGUGUUGUGAUGAUAUUUGCUGGUCAAGGUCAUUAUUAGAAAUUAGAUUUUUUUUUAUUGUCAGCCCUGGAAUAUUGAAGUCCAUAUAAUUUUUUCUUCUGAAAAUGUCUCAAACAAUUUGUAAGUAAACUAUUUAAAACAAAAAGCUUUUUACAAAUAUUUUUUAAAUUAU